GCCGCCACUGCGCAGCUGCAGUUGUUCUCUAAACAUACAGCGAACAUGUUUGUUUUAACUCUAUGUGGCUUGCUAGCCUUUGUUAGCGCAGCCCCCCAGUAUGGCUACCAUGGAUACUCCAACGAACUCGAAAGCCUUGAAAGGAUGCUGGAUGAUGAAAUAUUCAGCAUGCGCAACUUCUGGACGCAACUCCGAAAUGACAUGCUCAACCUCGAAAGCUCGCUACAGGAUAUAACCCGGCAAGUAUCCCUAAACAUUCCCGUCGAGAAAAUUGAAGGCAAUACGUACCAAUUAAAAAUUAACCUACCAGACUUCGAGGAAAGCGAGGUCUCAGUGGAAAUGGGAAAACGAAUGUUGCAAAUAGAAGCCCACAAGAUGUUGGACCAGGGAUCGAUGAAGCGCUACAUCUAUAUCAAGACCUUGCCGUCUAACGUGGAAGACUCGGGUACCUGGGAAUUCGAGAACAAGGUUCUAACUGUGUCCAUACCUUUGAAAGACGUGGAUGCUGUAGCAACUGAUGAUAAGGAAAACAAAUCUAUUGAACGUGAACAUAGCCGGGAGGAACUUGGGGAUGACAAAGCUGAUGACAACAUGAACGUUGAUGUCGGCAUCGAAACUACAAUACAACCAGAGUUGCUGACAAAUGAAAUACCCCAGUCCAAGGUCGAAGCAACUACUUAUUCUGAAAGUGACAGUGAUAUCGAUUUCGUCCCCAUACGGUUUAGAUAAGUGAAUUUAUACAAUAUUCGUUUUAUAUUAUCUUUAUUUAAUAAAAUGUGAUGAUAUAAA